UAUGGGUUUUCAACCAGUUUAAAGACUUAGAAUGUGGAUUUUAAACAAGGUCCCCAGACCUCUGAAGCUAGUCCCCAUUUAUGCUGCAUGCAAAAAUCGGCAUGGGAUUAGCAUAAAGUGUCUGUACAGGGGAGACUCGUGGGUCCCCACAGAACCCAUUUUCAUUCAGAUAUAUGAUAUGAGGUGAGAUGUCAAGGGACCACCUUUGAAAAUGGCCAUGCCAGUUUUUCCCUCGCAAAAAUUUAGCUAACUUUGGAGCGUUAUUUCGCCCCCUUCCUGAAGCUAGCAUGACCUGGUAAAACUGAGCCGCUACAGCCUCUGAAAGACAGUAAUGUUGGCCGAGGACGCCGGCGUCCUAGUGGAGUUUAAGAGGUUAAACUUUACAGGAUUCAGAAUAGUUUUAAUCUAGUUUACCAUAUUCAAAGUAUAGUUUUAAACUACUUUAAAGGGUUUAAAAUCCACUUUUUAUGCCAGUUUACAUGAUUCAGUAUUCAGUUUUUAAACUGGUUUACAGGAUUCAAGAUCUGGUUUUUAAACAGCUUUUUCUGAACACACUAUAGCCUCCAUCUGCGCAAAUAAUGUAAUAUAUGUAAGAUACCUUUCAAAUAAGGUUUACCAUAUUAUUAUUAAGAUUUUGUUGACUAUGACAAAAUAUGGAGGUGUUGUAUGGAUGAUGUCAGUGGACCGGGAGGUUUUUGUGUGUGAUAACAUCUAUAUUAUUCUUCCCUUUUCUUUCUUCCUCAUUUUUAAAGUUCGUGGUUAAGAUGAGGACUGGCGGUUCUGCCCCCACCUUUAUAAAAACCUCCUGAAUUACUACAAACAGCGACAACACCUCCACUUCUACAAACUGAAGACCCAGAAACCUUCCUCCACCUGAAGCAGUUUGUCGAGACGAGCAGAUUGUUGGAAACAGUGAAGAUGACUCUCCCGGCCUGGAUGAUGCUGGUGUUCCUGCUGUCGGCUGGAAGCAGUGUGGCUGCUGUGGACGUGAACUGGCUGACUGGUAUUGUCGAUAAAAUCAACGAUGUCGUCAGAAAAGACUACAAAAUAAGAGGACAGUACAGUCUGGCUGCAAACAUCCCACCGAACCAAGACGCAAACAAGCUUCCUGAACUCCUUCAGGAUGAAGGAAAUGUUGGUGACACAGUUUCAUAUGGUGGUGUGUACGAAAGCAACAGACUGGUCAUAGCCGAACCUGAUGAGCCCAAACACGCAGAACUUCUAGUUCUGGAAAAAAUGGAACAACUGAUAAACAACAGACAGGGAAACUUCCUGCUCAUCUACACUUUCCUCUCCCCAUGUGGACAGUGUACAGACCCCGACAACGACUUUACCAUCAAUUAUGAAAUUCAAGAGAAAGUCCUUCCAAAUUGGAGUAAUUAUGCCUUUGUGUUUACAAAACUCUACAACAAGCCCAAGAAUGCUAAACCUAUUCCCAAAGACAAGCUGAUAGAAUCACUGCAGCAGCUCGCGAAUUCUGGCCUUGGUCUCGGAAACAUUUUCCGCUGUUUCAAAUCACAAGGUGAAUUUCAGUGCCACAGCUGCUCAUCAAAUGGGGCAGUUUCAGAUAUUUGUGUUGAAGACAACUCUGAACCUCAACAGGGAGGAAGCGGCAGCAGAAGCCCAGUCAGAGACAGCAGGAUAGACAGAGGUGCAAGCAGCAGUGGAGACAGAGGCAAACGUAGAAAAGUAAGCAGGAACAGGAGCAGCAGCGUGGGCAGGAGCAGGAGCAGGAGCAGCAGCAGCAGCGGGGGCAGCAGGAGCAGGAGCAGGAGCAGGAGCAGCAGGAGCAGGAGCAGGAGCAGGAGCAGGAGCAGCAGCAGGAGCAGGAGCAGCAGCAGCAGCAGCAGCAGCAGCAGCAGCGGCGGCAGCAGCGGGGGCAGCAGGAGCAGGAGCAGCAGCGGGGGCAGCAGGAGCAUGAGCAGCAGCAACAGGAUAGGUUAGAGGAGUUCUGGGCUCUGAUGUGAUUCAGCUGAUUUAUUAGAAGCUGAUUCCUGACUGAGACAGAAGUAUACUCAAUGCUUAAUAACGCAAGCUAUUAUAACAAGCUGAGCUACAAACAUUUGCAUGUCUCUAUGAAUAUAAAGCCUCUACAUGUAACCAUAGUCCAACCACUAAUUUGGCUGAUUUUACUUCUUCUCACGUUGAUUAAAAAAGAAAAUAAAAAUAAACAAACAUCCUUUGGAUAUGUGGAUUGACUUUCCUAUUACUGCCCUGAACCAACAGAGCUUCUAUCUACUGGUGCUCAACCUAAAGCACUCAAAGACCUUCAUCCCACUCUAUGGACAAGUUCGUUGAGAAAGCUUCUGCUUUUAAACGUAAGCUUUUAGAGAGCGGGUGCUCUGCUCAGUGCAUACAAGAUGCUUCUGUUGGGGCAUUUCACAAACAAGAGAUUAUCUGAAGAAAAGUGUAACAAGCCACGUUCCUGUUUUCAGUGUCACGUAUUUAUAGUCAGAUGGUCGAGUUCCAUGUGGCAGCUGUUCCCAGUAUUAAUCUGAUUAAAACGUUUUCUUUAUCAUCACAGAUGUAAAAGCUUUCAUUUCCUUUGUGUCAAAACCUAUGAAUGUAAAACUACCAAAAGUAUUAGUGAAUUAUCCUGUGGCAUGUCACUAUAAUGAAUGGUUAUGUGUUUAAUAAUGAUUAUAUUUCUUGUCAUUUUUAUUUCCACAAAUGCAAAAACAAAAUGCCGUCAUUGUGCUGCAUUUUCAUUUUGAAUAAAGCUUGAUUCAGCAUCAAA